AUGCUUUCAUCGCGCAUUCGGCGAGUGCAACAAGAGCUUCAAUCUCAUCAGAACUGGCUGAGAUCAUUUACUGGUACCCACUGGACUCACCAGUUCCACCCCUCGAACCGACGAACAUUUUCCAGCAGCCAUGUCGGCGCGGAAGCACAGAAACAGAAGCAGAAGCAAUUCUUCGGAAAGCCGCGCACGGCAUGGCAAAAGAAGCAGAGGCGCAAUCAGGAUCGAGUACAGCAUGUCGCUUUAGGCACACUGUCGCAGAAAGAGGAGCUGCUACAGGCAGUUAAGGACUAUGAUAUCAAGCAGGUCGCUGCACUUUACGCGAGCCUGCCCGAGAAGAAGCCACUGACCCCCGAGGACCUCUUUGCACUUGCGCAAUGCGUGCACCAAUGCCUUCGUCAGGAGACGUACAAGGUCUUGCAGACGAAGGAGCGUGAGGAUUUGAAUGAGAUCGUAGCGUUCGCAACGCAGCUGGUGAAGGACAUCCGGAAAGAACGUCUACUUCCACACAUAUAUGCCCAUGUCCAUCUACUGGGCGUUUUCAAAGAGAGCGGGACUUACGAUGGUGGUAUCAAGUUUUGGGAAUGGCUCCAAGCUCAAGACGAGGAAUAUGUCAAUGCUGACGUCUACUCUGUUGCGAUCGAUCUGCUGGCUCGGACUGGAACACCUCUCGAAGAGCUGGAGCAACUCUAUGAGGAUGCAUUGGCUCGCUUUCCUGGAACAUUCAACGCCUACCACCUUUCGCCCAAUGCUAUACUUGAAGAUCGGGAGCACGAGUUUCCAGUGAAAGGCGUCCCAAUGUCUUUGCUACUGUCAAUUACGGUGGCCAGGCUGCUUGGAGGGGACUCGCACAAAGCGUAUUUGGCGUUCGAUACCGCGUUACGACUCUAUCCAACUACAGCUCCAACGCGCUUCUUUGCCAUUUUCAAGGACGAGCGACCCCUUUCCGAGUUUUUCACGGUGUUUGCCAUUGCCUGCCGGGCUGGAAUACAGUUGCCUGUUGCAUAUUAUAAACUACUCGUGUCGCGCCUGCGCCAAAGUUCUGAUCUCAAAUCUGUAUCUGUCCACCUAUCCGCUCUAAGAGCUAUGUUGGCUGCAACGCAUCUACAGUUUGGAGCAAAGGGCACAAUACACGCAAAUACCGUCAACGAAUUGACCAUUGCCGUCAUUCAGACUGUCCGACUGCCGAGUCUUUCUUCCCUGGAAGCAAAGGAGCGUAGAGAACUGGUGGAUGAGAUCCUUGGGAUGGUCAAACAGAUGCUUGGCAUAUUUGCGCGGUACGGUGCUUUGCCCGGAGAAGCUCUCUUCAACUCAAUCAUCACGAACAUUGGGGGAUUCUCCGGCGACAAGAGUGUCAUCAGCAUUGCAUUGGCAGAUAUGAAGGCUCUGGAGAUAGAAGCUUCAGACAUUACUCGACGAAGCAUCUUGAUCGCCGCUGGCGUGAUGCAGGACGCAGACCUUCUGCAAAGUUCUUGGAAGGACAUAUCGGAAUCACGGGGCAAGAGAAACGCCUGUCCAGACGUGGCCGAUCUUCACGCGCUCGUCACAGCAGCACGCCGUGCCAAUCUGAUCGAUUUCGCGAGAAACCAACUCGAGUUAGUGAAGGAGAGCAUCGAUGCGAAGGACCACGCAGUAUUUGAAGAUCGGUUCGCAAAGUCGCCCGACGAGCCGGAGAAAAGCGAUGCCUCACUUGAUUCCGUCGCCCCUGAAAUCUCUGAGGGUAUUGCUGGCUUGAAAAAAGAGAUCGCUGACCUGGACUCGGCCACUAAAGACCGUUCAUCGGUACAGGACUUGAGUGGAAAGUCUUUGUCCAUGGCCUUGAUACCGCCACCAGACUGGUUGCGGCUGUCGUACGAAGAGAUGCGUAACCUAUACGAUGAGUUUACCACGGAGCAAAGACCAAGCACUUCACCCGCAAAGAAUCGUGAUGCAGGUGUUACAACUUCGUCGAGCCCACUCCCGGAAAGUCAAGAGUCAUCCCCAUCACCAGUGAGCACCACGAACAUUCCGUUCGGAACCUUGAGAUUCCAAAACUGGGAAGCAGUCAACUAUCUUCUUUGGCUGUCGAGAAAGCACGACGACGACUAUAAUUCUGCUGUCGACCGUGCCAUCAGUGCUGGCAUGCCACCUCCACGACGGCAACGAGGAAUGGCGUAUGAUGAGUUGAUGGAGAUGCGGCCAUUCUCAUUCGAAGAGAUGCGGCCAAAGAUUGGAAGAGAAAGUCCAAUCUACCAUGCUCGCCUCCACCAAGCCAAGAACGAGGUCUAUCGCCUUCGCGACAAAACGACCACUUGA